AUGGGGGCAGCGUCAGUACACAACUCGGUAAGUGCAGGAAGGAUACCCCUGUCAAUUCCUGCAACCGACUAUUACUACCAUCGACUCGAUAUUGAUCAACUUGCAGCUUUUGACUUCCACGCCGCCUCCGUGACCGGCGUCGACAUCGACCCCCAGCUGGUUGGUCAAGCCGAGAAGCUCUUCGCGCUGCGCGCUUCCCGUGCCAGACCCCCCACGACCGCCCAAGCACCCGCACAUGUCGUAGACUACUUUCCCAUGUCGGCCGUGCUCUCUCACGGCUACCGCAUAGAGCCGGAAAGCAGGGUUUCACGCAACGCGUCGACUGCGUCAGCCCGUUGGCCUCGUGUAAACUUCUACUCCGCAGAUUGGGCCGUACCCACUGCCCAAGAUGUCGCAGAAGACUACCAUGUGAUCCUGGCAUUAUCCGUCAUCAAGUGGAUCCACCUCGAGCAUGCUGACCAGGGCCUCAUCGCCUUCUUCGCAAAAUGCUCUGCAUCGCUCAAGUCUGGUGGACACUUUAUCAUCGAGCUUCAAGGUUGGGACUCAUACCAAAAGGCCGUCCGUCCAAAUCACGCUCCGCACUUUCAACAGGCCUUGGACAAGUUGGAGCUACGGCCAGAGACCUCCUUUGAUAAACUGCUCCAGGACCAGGGCCUGCACCUCUGUGCUUCUUCGGAUGCCCUACCCCGUCGCAUCAGCGUGUAUCGAAAGGUUUAA